AAAAUGCAGCUAUCGAGGCAUACAAAGAUCUUAUCGAUGGUCGUUCUGCGGUACAUUCAGUCGAGAAAGCGAUUUCAUACAUGGAAAGUGUGCCGUAUUUCAAUUGUGCGAAAGGAGGAUCAAUGGACGUUAACGACGAGGUCGUUACAGAUGCCGCUAUAAUUACUCCAGAAAACGCUGGGUGCGUGGGUGCUGUCCGAGACAUAGAACAUCCUAUAGCUCUAGCAAGAAUGGUAUUGGAGAAGACGGAACAUAUACUGAUCGUUGAAAAUGGCGCGCAAAAGUUCGCGCUGGAUAACGGAGUACCAAUUCUCGCGCCGGGUAGUUUGAAUGUCCCAGAAUCGUCAAUGUUGCUUGAUUCGGGCGAAGAUGUCGCGUACGAUCGAAAAAGACGGUUAGCAAGCGGCACGUCAACGGCGGGAGACUCUGGCAAGCCGAUUGGCUACGUGACCGCAACAGGCACGGUGAUUGGCUGCGGAGUGUUCGCGAACGAACAUGGCUGCGUUUCCGUUUCUGGGAAUGACACUUGCAUCUACUGUUACGCGCCAGCACGAAAAAUAUGUGAAAGAUUGCCUCGAGAUGCGACCAUAAAUUAUUCUUUGAACACGGAAUUGGAGAAUCUGCAGAUGGAGACCGGCGAAUCCCAUAUAGGUGCCGUUGCGGUGAACGCGAAAGGUGAUCCUUCCAUCGGAUUCAAAAGCAUGCACUUCCCUUGGGCCUUUUGCCGUUAUGGCUAUGUAUAUUAUGGUAUUGUACAGAACGAAAGCUUCUCGGAAAAAGUAACCGUACUUGAGCGGCCUUUGGACUGCAUGUGUGACACCUCCAGUGGAGAUGAUGAUUAAUUUUUUAAAGUAUAAACAUGUAUCAAACACCAAUAUAUAUAAAUAUGACCGAUGAAAUAUAAUACACUGAUACAACUACA